AUGUCGUCACCACCGUCGGCGCCAGCGGCCGGCGACCCCCUCCCCGACGCCGCAUCGCGCGGCUUCCGCGACGCGGCCUCCUACGACGCCCACCGCCCGGCCUACCCGCCGGCCCUCGUCGCGGAGCUCCUGGCGCGGAUGCGCCUGUCGGAGGACCGGAGCCACGACGGCGCCCGCCGCGCGCGGGUCCUCGAGCUCGGCGCGGGGACGGGCAAGUUCACGGCCGCGCUGGCUGCCGCCCUGGCCGCGCGGAGGCACGAGGGGUUCGAGGUGCUGGCCGUGGAGCCGCACGGGCCGAUGCGGGAGCAGCUCGUGGCCCGGGGCCUGCCCGGGGUGCGGGUCGUCGAGGGCCGCGCGGAGGGGAUGCCUUUCGUCGGGGACGAGUGGGCGGAUGGGUGUGUUGUUGCGCAGGCUUUUCAUUGGUUCGCAACAGAGGAAACACUACGGGAACUGCACCGGGUGCUCAAACCCGAAGCCGUGCUGGGCAUGAUCUGGAACAUCGAGGACUCCCGCCUCGUGGCCGGCCUCGACGGCCUGGGAGCAGCAGCUCAACGACCUCGUCCUCGCGCUGCCCGACGACGGGCACCCGCGCUUCCGGCACGAGCGCUGGCAGGGCGUCUUCGCGUCGCAGAUGGAGGGCACCAGCAACCCCCUGCGGGUGCUCAGGGCGACGCUGCUGGCGGCGGGGGCGGCGGCGGAGAGCCUGCCGCGCUUCAGCCUGCCCCUGGGCGAGAAGAAGGUCGCGUGGAGCGUGUGGCUGGCGCCCGAGGCGCUGUGGAGCCGCAUGCGCACGCUGAGCCAGCUCGCCGUGCUGCGGGGCAAGGAGCGGGAGGAGGUGCGGGCGCGGUUCGACGGGAUCCUGGGUGGCGAGGACGUGCGGAGGAAUGA